AUGGAAUUGUCUUCAUGCAAUAUCACUGGGUUCCCACACUCUUUAAGAAGCUUGGAAAAUUUAGAAAUCUUGGACCUUUCCAACAACAGAAUUGAUGGGAGUGUUCCCCAAUGGUUGUGGAACGUUGGGAAGGAUUCAUUGUCGUAUCUGAAUAUUUCUCACAACCUCUUAACUCGUAUUGGGAAAAUUCCAUGGAAAAGUCUACGGGUUAUUGACCUUAGCUCCAACAGGCUUCAAGGUCAUCUGCCAAUUCCACCACCUUCAAGGUCAACUUAUCUAUUUUCAAUCUCAGACAAUCAAUUGGUUGGAGAGAUAUCUGCUUUGUUUUGCAACCUUGGUUCAAUUGAAGUCCUUGAUUUGUCAAACAACAGCUUGAGUGGGAACAUCCCACCAUGCUUUGGAAAUUUUAGCAGAAUCUCUGUUUUAGAUUUGCGAAUGAAUAAGUUUCGUGGAGUGAUUCCUCCAACAUUUGCAAAAGGAAACAGCUUGAGGAAUCUUAACCUCAACGGAAAUUUGUUGGAAGGGCCGUUGCCUCAAUCUUUAGUCAAUUGUGAAGAGCUGGAAAUUUUAGAUGUUGGGAACAACAAGCUGAACGGGUCCUUUCCCCAUUGGUUGGAAUUUCUUCCAGAGCUUCAAGUUCUUAUAUUGAGAUCUAACAAACUUUCUGGUCCUCUAAGUAAUCCCAAGGUGAGAUUUCCCUUUCGAAAGUUGAGAAUCAUGGACAUCUCUAACAAUGAUUUCACUGGUACUUUGCCAGCAAAAUAUUUUGAGAACUUCGUAGCCAUGAUUGACGCUUAUUCAGAACGCUUAGAAUACAUGGGAGAACGAGAUGUUGGAGAGAUUCCAACAGUGAUCGGGAAGCUUAAUUCACUCAAAGGCCUUAAUUUUUCUCACAACAAGCUAUCCGGUCUUAUUCCACCAUCCUUGGGAAACUUGAGCAACCUUGAAUGGUUAGAUCUCUCAUCAAACGAGCUUUUUGGAAACAUCCCAUUGCAACUAGCUGCAGAUUUGUAUCAACUUCAAAUAUUUAAUCUUUCCGAUAACAAAUUAGAGGGACCAAUACCUCGCGAAAG